AUGGUAGACAAAGUUUUCAAAAAGACCAGUGGAAAUGGCCAGCUCACUCUCUACUUGGGGAAGAGAGACUAUGUUGACCACGUUGACUCAGUUGACGCCGUUGAGGGUGUACUGAAAAUCGAUCCUGCAGACCUUGGAGACAGAAAAGUUUGGAUUCAGCUGGCCUGCGCUUUCCGCUAUGGUCGCGAAGACCUGGACGUGAUUGGGCUUUCCUUUAGAAAAGACAUCUGGAUUCAGCACAUACAGCUAUACCCUGAUGCAGGCCACAAACCCACCCUGACAGAGAUGCACGACACGCUCCUGAAGAAAGCUGGAGAGCAGGGUCAUCCCUUCACUUUUAAUAUUCCUACCAACCUUCCCUGCUCUGUUACACUUCAGCCUGCCCCAGAUGACAAAGGAAAGGCUUGUGGUGUUGACUUUGAGGUCAAGGCCUACUUGGCCCAAUCAGCUGAUGACCCCGAUGAGAAGAUCGACAAGAAGGACACCUCUCGUCUUGUCAUUCGUAAAAUCCAGUUUGCUCCUGAUAACACGGGAUCUGGACAGAAAGCUGAGCUCUGCAAGAGCUUUAUGAUGUCUGAUAAGCCUGUUUUUCUGGAAGCCUCUCUGGACAAGGAAAUCUACUACCACGGCGAUCCCAUCCCAGUCACUGUUAAGAUCAAGAAUGAGACCAACAAAGUUGUGAAAAAAAUCAAGGUUACAGUUGACCAAACCACAGACGUCGUUCUCUAUUCAGCUGACAAAUACACCAAGAAUGUGCUGUGUGAAGAGUUUGGGGAAAGUGUAGAAGCAAAUGCAAAUUUUGAAAAAACCCUCCAAAUCACUCCUCUGCUGGCAAGCAACAAGGAGAAACGUGGCCUGGCGCUGGACGGCAGGCUUAAAGAUGAAGACACCAAUUUGGCCUCAACCACUAUAAUAAGGGGAGGUGUGGACAAGGAGAUGCUGGGAAUCCUUGUGUCCUACAAGAUCAAGGUUAACCUCAUGGUAUCAGGAGGAGGUCUGCUGGGAGGCUUGACAGCAAGUGAUGUGACAGUAGAGCUGCCUCUGACCCUGAUGCACCCUAAACCCAAAGAUUGAAUGCCCGUAUCAGAUUCCACAGGACAGAUGUUAUCCUCGAGUACAUUCCCUCAGCACUUUCACAGCAAGACAGAAGAAGCAAAGCUGCAUCGCUCCCUAAUAAGCAAAGAAGGCAU